UCUCAGGAGAAGGAGCCAGGAGAUGAUGACGACAGUGAUAGCGACAGCGACGAUGAUGACGAUGAUGUUCGUGUCACCAUCGGAGACAUCAAGACCGGAGCCCCACAGUACACAACGUAUGGAGUGGCUCCUGUUAACCUGAACAUAAAGACAGCGGGAGCCAGACCCUAUGGAACAGGAAACAAGUUAAAGGGUGUGGAUCUGGAGGCCCCAGGAAACAUCAAUGGAGUCCCAGUAGUGGAGGUGGACAUGGAGACGUUCGAGGAGAAACCCUGGAGGAAACCAGGUGCUGACCUGUCUGACUACUUUAACUAUGGGUUCAGGGACACGUGGAAGGGCUACUGUGACAAACAGAAGAGGCUGAGGAUGGGCCUGGAGGUCGUCAACAUCUCCUCCACCACCAGUAAAAUCACUGUUCAGCAGGGCAGGACGGGGAAUGAGAAGGAAGUGAGUUUACCCAUCCACACGUCCAAACCUGACUUCCCCACUCCAGCCAGCCUCUACAAGUCAUCCAUGAACAUGAACACUACCAGGAUCUCCCCCCCACAGUGGACUGCUCCCCCCGUCCAGGACAUGUCCUACUAUACGAAGACCAGUGGUACGAUCGACGUGAUUGGAGGAGGGACCGCUACCAUCAGCAGAGUGGAGGGACGACGAAGACACAACCUGGAGGGAAACAACAUCCAGGUGAUUUCGGAACACUCGUCGUCGGACGCCGAGCAAAACCCCAACAAGAUGCCCCCCUUCUUCCCCCCCGGCCCACUCCCCCCAAACAUCCCUCCUCCCCCAUUCCUUCCCCCUCCUCCCAACGUCAGCCAGGCUCCCCCUCUCAUCCCCCCACCAAGAAUACCUAUGAAUGUCCCUCCUCCUGGUUUCCCUCCUCCCAGCGGCCCCCCUCCCUCUCUCAUCCCCACCUUGGACAGCAGUGGGCAUCCAGGUGGAUAUGAUGUUCGUCCUGUUCCACCAUACCCCUUCCCCACAGGUGGUUUCCCUCCUCCUAUGACCGGUGGCUACCCUCCUCCUAUGCCAGGUGUGGUGUCUCCAUGGCCUCCUAUGAUGGACCAGUCUAAACAGUGGGACUACUACCCUCCAGGUAAACCUGCCUACCCUCCAGGUAAACCUGCCUACCCUCCAGGACCGGGACCGGGACCAGGACCCAGACGGGAGGACAAGAGGGAGAAGGAGAGAGAGCGACCCAGGGAGAGACCACAUGAGAGGGAGAGAGAGCGAGAGCACAGCCCCUCCACUAUGGGCUACAACAGUGACGAGGAGCGGUACCGUGGUUACCGGGAGUACCAGGCGGAGCGUGGCUACAGCGGCGGUGACCGUGGAGGAGGUGACCGCGGAGGGGGGGAGCGUGGCGGCGUAGACCGUGGAGGUGACCGUGGAGGGGGGGAGCGUGGCGGUGACCGUGGGAGUGGUGGUGAGCGUGGAGGUGGAGGCGGCGAGCGCCACAGAGACAGGUCGAGCCGUGAGAAGGAGGAGAGACACAGAGAGAGAAGACACAGAGAGAAGGAGGAGGGGAGACACAAGUCAUCACGCAGUAGCAGCAGGAGGAGACAUGAUAGUGAAGAAGGAGACGGUCACAGGAGACACAAACACAAGAAGAGCAAGAGGAGCAAGGAGGGCAAGGAACCUAGUGAUGAUAUGGGAGGAGACCAGGAGAACCAGGACACCAUGGAGUGAUGAAGAAUACACCCUCCUCUCCCUCUGUCCCUCUUCAUCUCUCUCUCUCUGUCUACAUGGGAGGAGACCAGGAGAACCAGGACACCAUGGAGUGAUGAAGAAUACACCCUCCUCUCCCUCUCUCAUCUCUCUCCCUCUGUUUCCCUCUAUACGUCCCUCCAUCUCUCUCCUCGUCUCUCUCCCCUCUCUCCCUCCAUCUCUCUCCUCUCCUCGUCUCUCUCCCUCCAUCUCUCUCCUCUCUCCCUCUCCUCUCCUCUCUCCCUCUGUUUCCCUCUAUACGUCCCUCCAUCUCUCCUCUCCCUCUCCUCUCUCCCUCCAUCUGUCUCUCUCUCCUCUCCCCUCUCUCCUCGUCUCUCUCCCUCUGUUUCCCUCUAUACGUCCCUCCAUCUCUCUCUCCUCUCUCCCUCUGUUUCCCUCUAUACGUCCCUCCAUCUCUCUCUCCCUCUCCUCUCUCCCUCUGUUUCCCUCUAUACGUCCCUCCAUCUCUCUCUCUCCUCUCCCUCUCCUCUCCUCUCCUCUCUCCCUCUGUUUCCCUCGAUACGUCCCUCCAUCUCUCUCUCCUCUCUCCCUCAGAGCACUGUUGUAGUUGAUCAUGCUCAGAGAUCGUUGUUGUUUACCCGUUCCCUUCGUAGUCAUGACGAUCAUAAACAACCCUCAUCUUCUGUCAUUUAUUUUCGGCCCUCUAUUUUCUUAACCAAACACCUCGCUGAAAGAUGUCAAUUUGUUGAAUAAAAAAAAACAAGCUUUUGAUAA